GUCUGCGCGUGCGCACUCUGAUUCCCCAGCAGGACGGACUGGGCCGGGAAACAGGAGACCGUGGAGGACUCCGAGACCGCGCGCGGACCGGAGGCUCUGGAGGACGAUGAGGAUGAAGAGGAGACGCUGCCGCACUCCGAGGCCGUGGACGUGUUCCAGGAGGGUCUCGCCAUGGUGGUCCAGGACCCGCUGCUCUGCGACCUACCGAUCCAGGUUACUUUGGAAGAGGUCAACUCGCAGAUAGCACUAGAAUAUGGCCAAGCCAUGACAGUCCGAGUGUGCAAGAUGGAUGGGGAAGUAAUGCCUGUGGUCGUAGUGCAGAAUGCCACGGUGCUGGACUUGAAGAAGGCCAUUCAGAGAUAUGUGCAACUUAAGCAGGAGCGUGAAGGGGGCAUUCAACACAUCAGCUGGUCCUAUGUGUGGAGGACGUACCAUCUGACCUCUGCGGGAGAGAAACUCACAGAGGACAAGAAAAAGCUCCGAGAUUACGGUAUCCGGAAUCGGGAUGAGGUGUCCUUCAUCAAAAAGCUGAGGCAAAAGUGAACCUCAGUCAAAGACAACUUCAUUCACUAUGGUUGAGCUUUCCCCAGCAAGAUGGAUUCCCUCCAGCCAUUGUCCUUCUCAUAAAAAGGGUGUCAAGGUGACUGCAUCCACAGUGUGCCCAGUGGAAACUGGCAGCAUGAAUCCUGGAUCUCUGACGACCAGAACAGGGCAAGCCUCCGUUCCUGCUGUCCUGUGAACUUCACCUGACCUCUUCCUGGACUUAACAACCCUGGGCACAGGGCUGCAGGCCUGGCCUUAUGUGCACAGUGAACCUGUUUGCUUCAUAUUUUGAAGUCAGAAAGCCACAGUACCCUGUAUAGGAGGGUGUGGAUUUGCCCCUCACAGAGGGGAGCUUACGGCAGAGAACUGGCACGGGUGAGCCUUAAGGUCCAAGAGACCACACCUGAGUCCUGUGUCCAUACCACAUGCCUGUUACCGUGAUCUCCACUGCAAGGAUUUGUAAAUAAAAUCUAAGCAGGUGUCUCCUGUU